CGGGACUGCGGUAGAGGUAUUCGACCCCGCCUUCACGUGGGAUAAUUAAUUUAAGGAUGUUGGUGUUGGCUAUUUAUUAAGAUUUAGUGAUCCGUGAGCUCACAAAGUUUGUUUCCGAUUUUGUGCGUAAUUUUGUAACGCUUGGAAGAGUUUGGUGUGUUUUUACAGUCAGGAAUAAAACGAUGAAUAGUGAAGUUCUUUUAGACUUGUGUUCCAAAUUGCCUGAGGCAAUUCAAGAAGCAACUAGAGUUGAGGAACUGCAGUCACAUAAUGAAUUUAUUAAGGAGAUGGUAAUGGCUUCUUUACCGAAAUCUAAACAGUCUACAGUGGAUAGUGAAUUCAAAAGGAAAUUUGUACUUCUUAAAUUCAGGCCUGCAGGUAAGAAACAUGUGCCAUAUAGAAAGAAGAAACAGCUGUCAUUGAAACAGAGGCGUGAACUUGGACUGUAUAAGAUAAAUAGAACAGGAAUGAAAUACAAGGAUUUUGAAGAACUUCACUGCCUCUGGAAAGAGUACAUGAGAAGUUGCUUGGAUCUGGAAGAGCUGGCAAAGAGAGGAUUUACAGGUGAGCCUGGAAGCAAAUAUUGGAACAAUUUCUCUCAGGUAUUUCUGAAAGCUGACUACCAUGGAGCAUAUCUGAAGGUUGUGAGAUCUACUUGCAGCAGCCUUGUAGGGCAGUCUGGAAUAGUAGUAUUUGACACAAAAAACACAUUCAAGAUCAUUGGUAGAGAUAACAUUGUAAGGACUAUUCCAAAACAACAUAGUGUAUUUACUAUGGUACUGGAUGACUAUACCUGCACUAUACAUGGAAAGUACUUCUGUAUCCGGCCACAAGACAGGAGUGUGAAAAAAAUAAAGACCUGCAUGAUAGCAGAUUUGUGAAUUUGAAGAAAAUGUGUAUUUCCUUUGCGCAAUAAAAUCCUUUAUGAAGUUUAA